AUGUCACCAUCAUUAUUCCCUGAUGGCGGAUGGGACGUCCACCACCACAUCUUCGAACCCUCAAGAUUCCCCUACGACCCAAACCGCCAUCUAACCCCACCACCCGCAACAACAAAACAAUACACCGACUUCAAACUCAAAACGGGCCUCACAAACUCCGUCCUAACCCAUGGCCUAUCCUACGGCGCCGACAGUGCCUGCCUUCACACAUUCACGCAAGACCUCGACCCCUCAACAACACGCAGCAUAGCCGUAAUCGAUCCCGAAACAAUAACACCGAGCGAACUCGCCGAUUUACAUAAAAACGGCGUCCGCGGUAUCAGAGUUAACAUGUACCGCUACAAUGCAAUGCAUGACGUUGAGCUUCAGAAGCUCGCGUUGACUGCUCAUGCUCGUGCGCUGGGUGGUCAUUGUACCGGGUGGAGUAUGGCUUUUACGCAUACGCACCCGGAAUUUUGGGGUCUGUUGAGACCAGUUAUUGAGGAUGAGGUUGUGGGACGAGGGAUUCGAUUGGUGACGGAUCAUUUUGCUUUGCUUAAGGGGUGGAGCAUGUUAUCUGGUUUCUCUGGAGUGGGGGUUCCGGGAGAUGGUGAUGGUGAUGCUACCAAGCAGCCUGGUUUUGAUGAUAUUCUUGACCUAGUUCGUUCGGGACAUCUUUUUGUUAAGAUUAGUGCACCGUACCGGGUUAGUAUGCAGGCGCCGUAUUUUGAAGAUCUCAAGCCGCUUGUUAGGGCUUUGUUUGAUGCUAAUCCCCAGCAGAUUUUGUGGGGGAGUGAUUGGCCGCAUACGCCCUUGAUGAAGGUGCGCACGAGAGAGGAGGCUUUGAAGGAGACUCCAUAUCUGGAAGUUGAUGAUAUGGCUUGGUUGAGGGGUUUGCGCUCCUGGUUGUCUGAUCAGGAGUGGAAGACUUUGAUGGUGGAGAAUCCGCAGAGAUUGUAUGAUUGGUAG